AAAAUUCUAACUCUUCUCCGUCUCCACCAAAAAGUACCUAAUUUGCCCCUCACAUUUAGCUUUCUGUCUUUUCACCAAGAUUCUCUCUCGAUUUUUCCCUUAGCUCAUCUCCUCUCUCUCUCUCUCUGCACGAUCAGAUCUCAGAAUUUAAUCGGAUCGAAUCCACAACUUGAUCUAAUAUGACUCUUGGCUCUGGAGGAUCGAGUGUUGUCGUACCGAGGAAUUUCCGGUUGCUGGAGGAGCUUGAACGUGGGGAGAAAGGUAUCGGAGAUGGAACCGUGAGCUAUGGAAUGGACGAUGGAGAUGACAUCUACAUGCGCUCUUGGACUGGCACUAUCAUCGGUCCUCACAACGUAACUGUUCAUGAAGGUAGAAUCUAUCAGUUGAAGCUCUUCUGUGACAAAGACUACCCGGAGAAACCACCAACUGUCCGGUUCCAUUCACGUGUCAAUAUGACUUGUGUCAACCAUGAAACGGGAGUGGUGGAACCUAAGAAAUUCGGGCUUCUUGCGAACUGGCAAAGGGAGUACACAAUGGAGGAUAUACUGACACAGCUGAAGAAGGAAAUGGCUGCGUCGCAUAACCGUAAGCUUGUUCAACCUCCAGAAGGCACUUGCUUCUAGUAGCUUCUGGAAUCUUUCUUCUGGUUUGCUGAAAAAUCUUUGCCCCAUUCUAAUACUAAAGUAUGUAUCUGGGGUUCUCCAUUGUCGUUCUCAAGCUUUUUUAAAAAUUUAUGAUAAAAAAAUGGUCUAAGUGGAUGGUGAGGAUGAUGAUGUUGUUCGAUUGAUCAUCUGAAGUUUAUCCUUGUGUGCAAAAUUAUCAAAAACAGCGUCUUCCCCAAUCCAUGUGUUCAAUCUUUUGAAUUUACUUGGUCUAUUCAAACAUUUUGUCUCAAUCCUUUUAUGAAAUCGGCUAGAUUUUAUUGGUU